AUGGAGGAUGACGUCGCUUUAAUCUUCACUCUUAUCACAUCCACACCUUUCCAAUAUCCGAGUCCUGUUGGUGGUACUCCUAUUACUCUAUCUCCUAGUCAUCAUUUCAAUCAAGCACGCAUACCGGUCCCCAAGACAAACUAUACUGACAAGAUGGAAGCCCUUUACUUGCCUUCCAUGUCAUAUACACCUCCAUAUCCCGUCUCAGUCGUCUCCUGGGUCUCGAUAGCUAUUGCCUCCCUCGCCUCCCUUUGGCUGACAUUCGACAUCGUCUAUCGUCGAGGAUGGAGGACUAUGAUGGCUAUCAUGAUCCCAGUCUACGUUAUCAACGCGCUGUACCUGUGGCCAAUCACUGUUUGGACGUACCUCGAAUACGGGAGGCCGUCCAUGCCGGUAAAGAAGAAUGUCCAGGAUGGAGCUGCGGCCAGCGAACACGAUCCCCUCUUGCACCAGCACUCGACAGACACAGUUCACCAUUCUGGAAUGCACGGCACUGAAAACGCGAACGCUUAUGCCGGGCAUAACAUGGGUAAUAGUGGAGGAGCCCAUCAGCGCCACCGUGAGAUGAGUGCUGACAGACCCAUCUUCGCCACUAUUACUAUCGCAACCUGCCAUUGUGGUGCUGGCUGCGUUCUCGGCGAUAUCGUUGGGGAAUGGCUGGUCUAUAGGACAGGCGUAACAAUCGGUGGGAGUAUGCUCUAUGCUGCCUUCAUCAUCGAUUUCGUACUCGCUCUCCUCUUUGGCAUCGUCUUUCAGUACUUUUCCAUCGCUCCAAUGGCCGGGGACUACGGCUGGAAAACCAUCGUCCGCUCUAUUAAGGCCGAUUUCCUGUCACUGACCUUCUUCGAAGUCGGUCUCUUUGGCUGGAUGGCUAUCUUUGAUCUUUUAAUCUUCGAUCAGAAGCUAGGUAUGAAUACUGCAACCUAUUGGUUUAUGAUGCAGAUCGGUAUGUUCUUUGGACACUGGACUGGAUUCCCCAUCAACUGGUGGUUGGUCACUAGAGGCAUCAAGGAAGCCUGUGCUUAACUGAAAGAUGGCUAAGCUCUGAGCUCACAGACCUUGCCCGGGUUUUGCCCCGAAGUCAUAGUGAGAUCAAC